AUGGACACCAUCCAAACCGCCAUCGUCGAGCCGCUCAAGCCCGUUCUCAAGCCCAUCAGCGACGCCCUGCCCGCGCCUGUCCACGAUGCGAUCAUCUCGCUGGUCGGCUCGCCAUGCCACAGCGCUCUCCUGCUGGACCUGGACGUGAGCAAGGACCCCGAAUGCACGUCGCUGGCCAUCUCCAAGGCCCUGGGUCUUGCCAUCGUCGGCGCCAGUGCGAUCGUCAAGGUGCCCCAGAUCCUCAAGCUCAUCAACUCGCGCUCGUCGGCCGGUGUGUCGUUUAUCUCGUACGCCAUGGAGACGGCCAGUCUUCUCAUCACGCUCUCCUACAAUGUUCGCCAGCAGUUUCCUUUUAGUACCUUUGGUGAAACUGCUUUGAUCGCCGUGCAGGAUGUCGCUAUUGGGGUUUUGGUCUUGACUUUUGCUGGCAAGCCGGCCGCCGCCGCCACCUUUGUCGCAGUAGUCGCCGCGAGCAUCUACGCGCUUCUCUUUGACCAGACCUUGGUUGAUUCUCAGACGCUGUCUCUCCUACAAGCCGGCGCUGGCGCUCUCGGCGUGGCCAGCAAGCUCCCUCAGAUCGUCGCUAUCUGGAGUGAAGGCAGCACUGGGCAGUUGAGUGCAUUUGCGGUUUUCAACUACCUCUUCGGCUCCCUGUCUCGCAUCUUUACUACCCUCCAAGAAGUGGACGACAAGCUCAUCCUAUACAGCUUCGUCGCCGGAUUCGCGCUCAAUGCCGUCAUCGCCCUUCAGAUGCUCUAUUACUGGAACAGCGCAACACCCAAGACCAAGAAGGCACCCGCCAAAUCCAAGGGUCCCAAAAAGCCUGUUACCAACACACCAGCCGCUGCUGCAAGCACCGGCGUGUCUCCCAAGCCCGCUGGGAAGACUCCUUCUACUCGCCGGAGAGGUUGA